UCCACCUUGGUCUCCAGUGUCUCCACCGUGAGCCAGUCAGUCAUGGUGUCAGAGUCCCCACAAGUCCUGGUCCACUCCAGCGUCAUCACUGAUGGAGCCACGAUCGUGUCAGACUCCACCGCGUCCACUUCCUCGGACCUAGGUUCUGCCAUUGACAAAAUCAUCGAGUCCACGAUUGGGCCUGACAUCAUCCAGAGCUGCAUCGCCGUGACCAGUGCGGAGGAUGGCGGGGCAGAGACUACACAGUACCUCAUUCUGCAGGGCCCCGAUGAUGGUGCCCCCAUGGUGUCCCGGAUGGCCACUUCUGCUCUGGCCAAUAGCUUGGCAAUAGAAGCUGUUGCUGAUGGACCUACCUCCACAUGCCUUGACCAGCCCGGCACUUCAGACCCUUCCGAGCAGCUGGAAGUGCUGGAGCUGCCUGCACAGCCAGAUCAGGCCCGAGAGGUGGAUGGUGGGGAGGAGCUGGACCAGCCAGACAUGGAGACCCUGGAAGAGAUGAUGGAGGUGGUGGUGGUGCAGCAGUUCAAGUGCAAGAUGUGUCAGUACAAGAGUGUCUCCAAGAAAACGCUAAUUAACCACAUGAAAGAGCGGCACUUCCAGCCAGUGGGUUCAGCUCUGGCUUUGAAGAAAGGACGUCCACGAAAGGGGGGAUCUGCUCCAAAGAGUGCGGAGGAGGAGGUCCCAGAAGAAGAAGAAGAUGAUGACAUCAUGGAUGCUGGUGCUAUUGAUGACCCUGAAGAGGACAGUGACUAUAACCCAGCUGAGGAUGAGCCCCGAGGGCGACAGCCCAAGUACAGCCGCACUGUCCCCACAUCCAGCGAGGAGAGGCCGCGUCGACGCCCAGGGAGACCCCGCAAGUUUCCUCGUCUGGAGGACAUGUCCCAGGACGUGCCUGAAGGAGGGGAGGUGGAGCCCUUGGUGACGUCCCAAAGCACACCGAGCCAUGAGCUGCAGAACUCGGAAGCAGCCAGUUCAUCUGGCCUGGAGAACGGGACCCGCGAGAGCCUGGUGGAGCCCAGUGUCAGCCAGUCUGACUCCGAGAACAAGGACCCUUCCUCCAACACCGGCCCCGAGGAGGCAGACGUCAUCCCCAGGAGGCGAGGGCGGCCCUCCCGCCGCUUCCUGGGCAAGAAAUACCGCAAGUACUACUACAAGUCACCCAAGCCCCUGAUGAGGCCUUACCUGUGUCGAAUCUGCGGCUCACGUUUCCUCACGCACGAUGAUCUGCGUUUCCACGUCAACUCGCACGAGGCCAAUGACCCGCAGCUCUUCAAGUGUCUUCAGUGCAGCGUCUCACAGCCCCCACUCUGCUUCUUGCAGGAACACAUGUUCAACCACGUGGGCAGCAAGCCCUACAAGUGCGAGGAGUGCAGUUACACCAGCGUUUACAAGAAGGAGAAAAAGAGAGCUGAUCCGUGCGGGAAGUCCUUUAAGAAGCGCUACACCUUCAAGAUGCACCUGCUGACGCACAUCCAGGCCAUUGCCAACCGCAGGUAGGAGGCCAGCAACAGCCUGCAACACGCCCUGCUGUCGCACAUGAACGACAAGCCCUACAAGUGCAGCUUCUGCAAGUACUCCACCUUCCGGGAGGACUUCCUGGUCUCCCACAUGGCUGUCAAGCACACGGGAGGGAAGCCGUUUGCUUGUGAGUUCUGUCACUUCACCACCAAGCACAAGAAGAACCUGCGCCUCCACGUGCACUGCCGCCAUGCCGACUCGUUUGAGGAGUGGGCACAGAGGCACCCCGAGGAGCCGCCCUGCCGCCGCCGCCCCUUCUUCACCCUGCAGCAGAUUGAGGAGCUGAAGCAGCAGCACAGCCAGGUGCAGGCCCCGGCUGAGCCAGAGGCCAGUCCACCGGCGCCUCUUGGCCCCGUCACCUACCACACGGUCCAGGCUGUCCCAGGAGCAGAGCCCCCCAUCCUCUCACAGGAUUCCCUGGGAGGGGCCACCAUCAUCUACGAACAAGCCCUGUUCGGCUUCAGGCAGUGUCUUGUAGAGCCUUGCCUUCCUCUGGCUGAGCUGUUGUCCCCCCUGCAGGUGGCAGUGGUGAAGCCGGGUGAUUCAGGAGAGGCGCAGGUCCCCUGUGAGGCGCAGGCACGGGAGGAGGGGGCAGAGAUGGACUCUGAGGAGCAGGAGCAGCAGAAGUUGGUGACGCUGCACAUGGCAGAGCCUGGGGAGACGUUGGUGCAGGAGGCUUACGAGGAGGCAACCCUGAGUGGCUCAGAGCUGCAGCAGAUCACUAUCCCCUUUGGUGGGACGACAGAGUACAGCAUCAUCACACCCAUCAGUGAGGAGAUUCAGGCUCCAGGCACGCUGUACAGUGAGGAGGAGAGCCCUGCAGAGACCUCCCACGCGGUUGUAGUGAGCGAAGCUGUGAUGACAGAGGAGGCCCUGAAGGACCAUAACAAUCACUAUAUCAUGUCAUCCAGCGUUCCGGGGAGCCAGUUCCAUCACAUUGAGUGGGGACGCUGCCUUUCCUUCGCCUGUGGAGGGCCAGGAGGCACAGCCCGCCGGCGUCAAGUGGCCCCUGGUGCAGUGUGUCACCAGGCAGCUCCAGAAGGACUCGUCUUUAUCCCCAGCCUCCGAGGGGCAGGAAAUCUUAUCCCCAAAGGUCAAGUGGCCUGCGCUCCAAGGCAUGGCCAAGAAGCUCUCUUGCAAGGUUUCCACAGCCAAGAAGCUCUCGUGCAAGAUUUCCACAGCCAAAAAGUUUUCAUGCAAGAUUUGCACAGCCAUGUUCACAGGGAGAGCAGAAAUGGAGAGUCACAAGAGAGCCACAUUGGGCCCAGCACCUUCAAGUGUCCCGACUGUCCGUUCACUGCAGCCCUCUGGCCGGAGGUUCGGAACCACAUGGUCCAGCAUGCCAGCCUUCGGCCGCACAAGUGCACCCACUGCAGCUUCGCCUCCAAGAACAAGAAGGACCUGCGCAGGCACAUGCUGACACACACCAACGAGAAGCCCUUUGCCUGCCAGAUCUGUGGGCAGAGGUUCAACCGUAAUGGACACCUCAAGUUCCACAUGCAGCGUUUGCACAGCUCAGAGGGGAAGAGGCCAGGCGCGCCUGCAGCUGCUGCCCAGCAGACCAUCAUACUGAACAGCGAUGAGGACACGCUGGCCACCCUGCAGACGGCUCUGCAGUCCGGCCAGGUCCGAGCGGCUGCAGCAGGCCCUGGGGCAGGAACACAUCAUCGUCGCACAGGAGCAGAGCGUCACAAGCCAGGUGAGUUGGGCUGGUUGGAGGAGGCUACGUACAUCCAGGAGAUCACAACUGCCGAUGGUCAGACAGUACAGCACUUAGUGACCUCUGACAACCAGGUUCAGUACAUCAUUGCCCAGGAUGGUGUACAGCACUUGCUUCCCCAUGAGUAUGUUGUUGUCCCGGAGGGACAUCACAUCCAGGUACAGGAUGGUCAGAUCACCCACAUUCAGUAUGAGCAGGGCAGCCAGUUCCUCCAGGAGCCGCAGAUCCAGUACAUGCCUGUCUCGCCUGAGCAGCAGCUUGUCACCCAGGCGCAGCUGGAAGCAGCUGCACACUCAGCAGUCUCAGCAGUGGCUGAUGCUGCGAUGGCCCAAGCCCAGGGUGUGUUCACCGCCGAGGCAACAGCUGAGCAGAUCCAGCAGCUGCAGCAGGGGAUCCACUACGAUGUCAUCACGCUGGCAGACUAG